CCAGCUCUCGGAGUGCCACUGUCCACAGUCCCACCCCUACGUCUGGGUCCACUUCGAGGCGACCCCUGGAGUGAGCGGGCCGGAGCCCACUGCAGCGGUCAUGGCAUGCAAUUUUCAGAAGCUGUUUUCUGUGGAAGAGGAGUUUGAGGAUGAGGAUUUCUUGUCUGCUGUGGAGGACGUAGAGAACCACUUUGCUGGUGCACUGCCUGAGAGUGCAGGGCAUCUGAGACCUGUCCAUUCCUGGCCACAGGAGCCUCUGCAGGCACAGUCCUCAAGAGCACUGCUGUUGCGCUCCACCUCUCCUUCGGAGGCUUUGAGCCCACCUGCCCAGAGACCCUGCCUUCCUUCCCCCAGCACGCCCCAGGCCAUCAGAGAUCCACUUUCCAUGGGAACAGCCCCCCUAAGGCCUAUUUCAACUCCCAGCAACUGGGCUGGCAAUCAGAGAAGGGUAACAGUGGCAGGAGGGCUCCAAGAGCCAGCAGGACCUCAGUGCUCAGCCCUACACCCUGCACUCACCUUUGAGGAGCCUGAGCAAGGUGAAUUUGAUAAGGCCCUGGCAAGCAUGGAGCUGGAAUGUGGAGUUAACUGUGAGGCCGCCCAAACCCUGCCUGCUCAGCAUCAAGGGGACCCCGUAUCGGCAAAAAAGGCUCGGGUAGCUGAUCUGAGUGGAUCUUUCCAGAAGGGAUACAUGUCCACUCCCCACAUAGCAGAUGUCACAUCAAGGCAGGGUACGCCUCUAGAACCUGUUGUCCAUUGUAGGACUCCAUGGCCCUGCUUGAGACCUGGUGCUGCAGGCUGCCUUUCUGUCUCAGCUGCCUCUGCAGUUCCUAUUCAGCAAAUCAACUGGGAAAGCUGUCCCAAAGACACUCCUCUUUUAACACCUCAGCUUCUUCAAGCUGCUGGAGGGCCAAUUCAGAGCAGCCCGCAUGAUCGUUUACCUGGUCAGACAUUUCAGUCUUCUCCUGCCUGGUUAAGUAGCCAACCUCGUUUUCCUGGACCUCGAACUCCUAACUCCAGCUCUGCAGUAUUUCCUCGGGGAUCCUUGCCAUCCCGAGCCCCAGCGUCUUCUGUUGCAUCUCCCAUCUGCACCCCCAAAGGUUCUCAUUCCUCCCUGGUUCCUCAUGCAUCUCCACAGACACCAGUAGUCACCAAUCAUUUGGUACAACUGGUCACUGCUGCCAGCCGGACACCCCAGCAGCCUACCCGACCCUCCAUCCAAGCCAAAACCCGCCGCUUCCCUGGCCCAGCAGGGCUCCUGCCUCACCAGCACAGUGGCAAGAAUCUGGAGGAGAUCAUGGUGUCCACCCCCCAGACUCCGACUCAUGGUGCUCUGGCCAAAUUCCGCACACAGUGCCAGAUUGUUCCUAGUUCCCAGGUAUCAGUGGAAGAGGACUUUGGGCGGGGGCCCUGGCUAGCCAUGAAAUCUGCUCUGGGCCUGGAUGAGAGAGACCACACCUGCUUCCUCUAUACCUACAGCAUUGUUAUGGUGUUGCGGAAGGCAGCCCUGAAACAGCUCCCCAGGAACAAGGUCCCCAAAAUGGCAGUGAUGAUCAAGUCCCUGACUCGGAGCACAAUGGAUGCCAGUGUGGUUUUUAAGGACCCCACAGGAGAGAUGCUGGGAACAGUGCACAGGGUGCUGCUGGAGACACGCCAGAAUGAACUGAAGCCUGGCUCGGUGCUGCUACUGAAGCAGAUUGGAGUGUUUUCUCCUUCACUGAGAAACCACUACCUCAACGUGACACCCAACAAUCUAGUCCAUAUUUAUGGUCCAGAUUCUGGGGAUGGGAACUUCCUCAAGCCAUCUCAGCCCUCACCCAAGGAUCCAGGAAGCUUCCCUGACAGCCUCCAGCCUGAUGUGGCCACACAGCCUGCACAAGGACUCAGAACAGUGCAGACCCCAGAAGCAGGAGCAUCCCCCGAGGAAGAGCACCUAGAGACAGAUGACCUGGAUGGACUUCUGAGUGAGCUCCCUGAGGACUUCUUCUGUGGGCCCAGCAGUUGGGACUGCCUCAAGGCAGGGCACCCACCAUGAGCCCACAGCCUCUCUACUCCCAGGCAAGGAUGUAGUUGUACCUGGUCAUAACCAAGGGAGAAGAGGCCAGCGCAGGGUCUCUGACACUUCCACAUGGCCACUUUCCUACUCCAGAAUGACUGUGUGCUGCUGUGGCUUGGUGACCUCCUUUGGCAUGUACGUUCCAGAAAUCUACCAGGCUAGCUCUUCAACCUCUCUGUCCUCAGAGCCUUGUGCUAUAUCAUUUAUUCUCCAGCCAACAGGAAAUGUGUGACACUCCCACCUCAGCCUAAUGUCAGAGGAUGUUGGCCUGGCUUCCUAGUCCCUCUAUUCCACGGUUCUCAGCUAAGGAGUCAAAAGGAGCCACCCUGAAAAGCAGCAACCUGAGGCCUGCACUGGACUUGCUCCUGAGUGCAAAGAAGGGAUACAGGCUGUUGUUCUUGGUUCUGAAAUAAAUAAA